AUGGGCAAUCUGCUUAGACGUGGCAAUCCAGCUGGAGGUAUCGGUGGGUAUCCAGGCGGUAGCUAUGGUGGGUACCCUGGUGGUGGAUAUGGUGGAUAUCCUGGUGGCGGAUAUUCUGGUGGUGGAUAUCCUGGUGGUGGAUAUUCUGGCGGAGGAUACGGUAGAGGUUUAUACACCACAACCACUGCUUUCAUGCCGCGUGGGCGCGGUAGUGGUGGAUGUCGGGGACGUGGUGGUGGUCGACCACGCCGCUACUAUUAG